CUCAUUUCAUCUCAAGUACUAGCUGAUUAUUAAAAAACUGAGCAGAACCAACCAACAUGUACUAAGUACAGGUAGAGAGAUUGAAGCAGUAAAACAAAAGUUGAAAAUAAGGUUACCUGGAAUGCAAAGGUGAAUUAUGAAGAUUUGAAUCAAAACAAAUUGAUUGCAGCUACCCUUCAAGGUUUUUGUAACCAUCGGCACAAUUUUGUAGACAGGAUAACGUGCCCUUUGCACCACUAAAUAUUAUCCAUAAUGCUGGUGCUACUUCAUUUCUAUAUGCUGCUUCAGACCAUUUUAUGCUUCUGGCAAGUUUUUCUAUAUAAAUGUACUGCAGAUGUAACUUCAUGCAUAUUUAACCAUGUACGCCAAACAUUAAUAUAUUUGUAUCACCAGUUUCUCCCACGAAUAACUAGCCGAGAACACGGCUUUUCUCAACCUGUACUUCAAAACCUACAGUUAAUUCACGGAGAUAUUCCAAGAUACCUGUCAAUUAUGUUGGAAUAAUCAAUAGAAUGCUCUUGGAAUAUCAAUAAGACUGCAUUCAAAUUCUCUGACAGUAGUUAGGGACCAUGUUGUAUUCUAGACUGUUUAUCUGUCUGGGGGGAACUGGUGCAUAAUUGAUUACAUUAAUGUAAUUUUUAUCAUAACUGAUGAUAAUGGUGUUGUGUCCUUACACCUGCAACCAGAUUUUCUUAAAAGUAUUGUGCUCAGUACCUUUGAAGUGGCGUAAACUAUUUUUGACCAAGGCAAGCUACAACCUACAUGUAUGAUGUACAAAUCUGAAGGAAUCCAGAUCACUUGACUACAAAACGUGUCAAAAUGUUAGAAUACAGUCCCAAUGUCAUCAAAAGACUCAUUGCAAUUACAUCAUAAAAUUCUGCUGGGCUCAAUGGUAGAAUUUGAUUUCAAAGUUGCAUCACUACAGGUUGUAUUAGAAAACCCUUACCUGAAUAGUGCCCCCUAUUCGAGGUCUUUAUUAAACAUUUAUUCAAACUGAGUGCAUGUAUUUGAAAAGUACAAUUUGUUAGCUUUGCAAAACAGCAAACCCUAAUUUGGUAAUUCAGUAAUUGCAAAAUGACUGAGUUGUGUCUAAUCACUUUUUCCACUUGUAACCCGGACAGGCUGUCUUAUGCGCACACUCUACAGUGUGGUCUAUUGGACUGGUCUUUAAUUUCCACACUUGUUGGUUGUUACAUUGUCAGUCAUAACAUUAAACAGAUCUUUCAAGUCUUGAAAGAUCAAAAAUGAUUUUAUCGCAUACAAAACAUGCCAUUCUCACUGAUCAAAACUUGGCAUAGUAAUGUUGAACGCUCAAAAUAAGUGUGCAUAAUAAAGGCCUCAAAUUGGGGGAUGCCAUGAUCAGGGUCCAGAUGUUUCUGUGACAUCCUGUAGGAUUCACUUUGCUUGCCCAAACCGGAAUUUUGUUCUCUAUGGCAAUUUCAUGUAGCUUAUUACUAUGUUAUUGAAAACUUUAUUGAGCAUAUUGUCGUUUGUUAUUUUUAGCACACUUGCCAUACCAACCAAGAUACAGGCUGUACAGGCAGAGAGAUUGAAAGGUUGCAAUCAAAGUAAUAUCCAAGAAGGACGCUCCAAGCGAAUAUAUCAGCAAGUUCAUGCCGCGUGAGAUCGAUGCACUCCGGGUGACGUACAAGCAUCCUCAUUUGAUUCAACUGUACGAGGUUUUCCGUUCAGAGACCCGCAUAUACUUAGUGAUGGAGUAUGCCCCCAACGGCGACAUUCUGUCCUACAUCAACGAGUGCGUGUUGGAGACGGGAUGUGCCGUCAAAGAAGAGACGGCCCGACGACUGUUCAAGCAAACCAUCAGCGGGGUGUCGCACUGCCAUCAACUGAACGUUGUUCACAGAGAUCUGAAAUGUGAAAACAUACUGCUCGACGAAAACGACAAUGUCAAGAUAUCAGAUUUUGGUUUCGCCUGUCGUUUUCCUACAAAUCGGUGCAACAUGCUUUCCACGUUUUGCGGCUCGUAUGCCUAUGCGGCGCCUGAGAUACUCUCGGCCAAGAAUUACGACGGCAAACUAGCUGAUAUCUGGAGUCUAGGAGUGGUACUGUACGCCUUGGUUAAUGGUCGCCUUCCCUUCAACGACCAGAACCUGAACACACUGCUGGAGCAGACACGCCGAAAAUUGAACUUUCAGCCCUGGGUAUCAGUCGAAUGUGUUGAUCUCAUCCGCAAACUUUUACGCACCCGACCGCUGACCCGACUGCGCAUGCAUGAGAUAAUCACUCACCCGUGGGUCCGAAAACACCUCAAUAUCAAGAAGGUGGCACCAUUCACUUCAAGCCAGGCCUUUCUGAAAGUGAUUCAAGAAAGUUCCGAAGAAAAUUAUUCAGACAGCAGGCAGGAGAGUAAGCAAGAGAAGUUCACGGAACCGAAGCUAAUGCUCAAACCCAACGGGGAAACAGUCCGGUUCGAUAGCAAGCUGGAUAAAAAGUCUGACAAGGCAAAAGGAAAGGAGAGUCAAGCAAGCAAGCCACAUACACAAAGUCAAACUGGCCAGAAAGUUGCCGGCUCUCCCCUGCGUCCAAACUUCAAGAGUGCAAAGUCGGACGUGAUGCCGGGAUCUGGGACGAGUCUCCAGCACAAGCCGGGACCCACCAGGGCAGCCGACAGUUCCCGCAUGAGAAAUCUAUACCGCCGCAUCCUCAGGCCAUCUCUGGGGACCGAGUACGUCUUCGAGAUCGUCGAAAAUGAGCAUGAGAAAGAGCAGCUGCUGCAGAAGCGACUGCAGUCCAAUAUGCGAGGGAAGCCGUCUCCAUCCAAGACGCCUCGGCUGGGAGUCAGGAGGAGGGCCAAGGUAGAAGCUUCAGCAGUCCCGCCUCACGACGCUAUCUCCUCCCCCUCCCCACGACUCACCAAGGCAUACACCCCAAGCAAGACCCCCAACAAGAUCAAGUCAGACACGGCAGAUGACACUGACAGCCUUGCAGGCUAUGCAACCACUCUGAUACCAGUCAACGUCAAAGAGAAGACCUUCUUGAGGACACGAGGAGGUACUCCGGAGAGAGAGUCCAGAACCCGCAUAAGCUACCGCCUGGGACUGUCCCCAACCCCGACCCCAGCCGGUCACGCAGAUGCCAAGAUUUCUCCCAGUGACAGGAAGAAGCACUCCCAGAGUGAGCCUGCCAGCUGGAAGAGAGGUAAAGCAAAGGCCUCUGAUUUCAUAAAUGUGCAUGGGAAGACGGAGCUCUGGAAGCAGGCGCUGAGCGGCACCCUUCAGAAGGAAGUCGUCAAGAAUGACCUUAGGCUGGAGUCUCCUAGCCCCAGAGCCAGCCCCGUGGCAGCCUUGACCGUGAGUAACGGCAGUAGUAGUGGCAAGUACAAAGCCAAGAUGCGAAUUCUAGCGAGGAGGAACCUCCUGCACAGCAUCAUGCUGAAACCAGACCCUGAGGUGCGUGCCAGUGAAAUUCUCAACCAACUGCAAAAUAACCUACCAAGACUCAACGAUGCAGCCGCCUAGUAAAGUCGAAAAUGCACAAGGGUUAGGCAUAAAAUAAUAUUUACUGGGGAGAAGGGCAGGGAAGAACACGGAAGCGUUCAAGGAACUUGUGGGGAUUUCAUAAGAGUAUGAAUUGAUGACAUUUGGUACCUGGUCUAUGAACAAGAACACAUUCACUACUAUGUUCGACCAGACAUUUUGUUUGACAGUAGGUAAGUUUAUACAGACUAGUAAAACCUUUCAGCGGGCAUUUAUGGACAGCCACAUGACACAACUUAAGGGAACCCAAUUGAUGUUCCUAACUGGGUCAUUUGCACUACAUGGCAGACAGAGAUGUAUACAACUUGAUGUAAUCCAACAGUAUUGUUCUGUAUACAAGCUGCUGUAUACAAGAACAACCUUUAACAAAUCUUACAGUGCAGCAAAAGAAACUUGUACAUGUAUGCUGUAAACAGAUGAUAUUAAGAAGACUUUAGUAAUAAAUCUCAAACAGGGUUACCUUUUUAAUGAGCGACUGAAGAAGUUUCCUUUUAUACACAGUGUGGGCAGAGAUCAGUAUUAGAUAUUUCUUUGAUGUGAAGUCAUUGAAUUGUUUUACCCUUUAGCAAGGACGUUACUUUAAUCACAGGGUUGGAUUAGAUUUAUUUUCCAUACGUUUAGCAAAAACCAAACAGAACUUGA